CUCUGAGCGAGCUAGGUAUAUACAUAAAAGUAAAGCGGGCUAACCCCGUCCCUUAAAGCAGAGUUUGGUUGUUCUGCUUGAGUGUCGGAAGGCCAAAAUGGCCGCUCCGGACGCUCUUAUCGCGGCCUUCAUCCCGGCCUCGGCCGUUGUCGCUAUUCUGUUCGCGGUCUUCCUAUGGAAGCGUGUCGCUGCCAUCCAGAUGACCGGUGGUCGCGUACUUUCGUCCCAGAAUGGGCGCGAGUACCUGCUUGAGGAGGAGCAGCGCGGUGGCGAGGAGGAGAUUGUCGCCAAGGCUGCUGAUAUCCAGAAAUCCAUUUCCGAGGGCGCCUCCUCUUUCCUGGCAACUGAGUACUAUUACCUCGGUAUCUUCAUGGUCAUCAUGUCCGUCGUCAUCUGCUCUCUGCUGAGCAUUGUGACUCCCGAGGAGGGCCGCACGUCUGCUGAUGAGCUGCGCAACGGCGUCUUCUCGACCAUCGCCUUCGCUCUGGGCGGUGCCACCUCCAUUCUGUCCGGCUACCUGGGUAUGCAGAUCGCCACCUUCGCCAACGCCCGCACCGCCGUCGAGGCGCGCAAGGGCAUUGCCCCUGCCUUCAUGUGCGCUUUCCGCUCGGGCGCCGUGAUGGGCUUCCUGCUGUCGGGCUUCGGCCUGCUGAACCUGUUCCUGGCCAUCACCAUUUUCUCCAAGUUCUUCGGCGACGACUGGAAGGGCCUGUUCGAGGCCAUCACUGGCUACGGCCUGGGCGGCUCGUCCAUUGCUCUGUUCGGCCGCGUGGGUGGCGGCAUCUACACCAAGGCCGCCGACGUGGGCGCCGACCUGGUGGGCAAGGUGGAGAAGGACAUUCCCGAGGACGACCCCCGCAACCCCGCCGUCAUUGCCGACAACGUGGGUGACAACGUCGGUGACAUUGCCGGCAUGGGCGCUGACCUGUUCGGCAGCUUCGCUGAGUCCACCUGCGCCGCGCUGGUCAUCUCCGCCGUGUCCAGCCUGGGCAAGGAGCACGACUACGCCGGCAUGAUGUUCCCCCUGCUCAUCUCCGCCACCGGCAUCUUUGUGUGCCUGAUCACCACCUUCCUGGCCACCGACCUGAAGCCCGCCAAGGUGAUUGCCGAGAUCGAGCACACGCUCAAGAUGCAGCUCAUCAUCUCCACCCUGCUCAUGACCCCCGUGGCUCUGGGCGUGGCGCUGUGGUCGCUGCCGCCCGAGUUCACCCUGUCGGUGCCCUCGUCCAGCCCCGACAAGCCCUUCGAUGAGAAGGUCGUCAAGAGCUGGUACAUGUUCGUGUGCAUCAGCACCGGCCUGUGGGGCGGCCUGCUGGUGGGCCUGCAGACCGAGUACUUCACCUCCAACCGUUACAAGCCCGUGCAGGACGUUGCCGACGCCUGCCGCACCGGCGCCGCCACCGACAUCAUCUUCGGCCUGGCUCUGGGCUACAAGUCGUGCAUCAUCCCCACCAUCGUGAUCGGCGUGGCCAUCUACGUGGGCACCUCCCUGGCCGGCAUGUUCGGCAUUGCCUGCUGCGCCCUGGGCAUGCUGUCCACCCUGGCCACCGGCCUGGCCAUUGACGCCUACGGCCCCAUCUCCGACAACGCCGGCGGCAUUGCCGAGAUGGCGGGCAUGGGCGAGGACAUCCGCGAGCGCACCGACGCCCUGGACGCCGCCGGCAACACCACUGCCGCCAUCGGCAAGGGCUUCGCCAUCGGCUCCGCCGCUCUGGUGUCCCUGGCUCUGUUCGGCGCCUACGUGACCCGCGCCAAGAUCGACAUGAUCCACUCCUCCAUCCUGGACCCCCGCGUGUUUGCCGGCCUGCUGCUGGGCGCCAUGCUGCCCUACUGGUUCUCCGCCAUGACCAUGAAGUCCGUGGGCAAGGCCGCCCUGGCCAUGGUGCACGAGGUGCGCCGCCAGUUCAACACCAUCGCCGGCCUGAUGGAGGGCACCGCCCGCCCCGACUACAAGCGCUGCGUGGCCAUCUCCACCCAGGCCGCCAUCAGCGAGAUGAUUGCGCCCGGCGCGCUGGUCAUCUUCACCCCCGUGGUGGUGGGCGCUCUGUUCGGCACGCAGUGCCUGGCCGGCGUGCUGGCGGGCUCUCUGGUGUCGGGUGUGCAGCUGGCCGUUUCCAUGUCCAACACCGGCGGCGCCUGGGACAACGCAAAGAAGUACAUCGAGGCCGGCGCCACCGAGCACGCGCGCGAGCUGGGCGGCAAGGGCAGUGACUGCCACAAGGCCGCCGUGAUCGGCGACACCGUGGGCGACCCGCUCAAGGACACCAGCGGCCCCUCGCUCAACAUCCUGAUCAAGCUCAUGGCCGUGGAGUCGCUGGUGUUCGCGCCCUUCUUCUACAACUGCGCCCACGGCCAGGGCCUGAUCUUCUCCUUCUUCGGCAUUGCGUAAAUCGCACAGCGGGCCGUGAAUGAGGCGGGAAAAGGCGCGGUGCGCAUAUAACCGUGUGUGAGCCGCCGUUCUUGCGCCGUGUGUCUGGUGCAUGUGCCGUUUUUCGGGAGCCGUCGGUAGUAGUAGGUCCGGUGUGUGGCGGGCGAGUUUGGAGAAACAUCGGUCAACACGACAACAGGUCCACUGCUCUGAAUCCCCGUGCCAGCAGUUGUAGCCCCGUCCCUGCGUUCCCCGGUACGCAACCGGUACGCAGCAACGCGGGAGCAACCUCUCAAUUUCUUUUCGUUCAGGACAACUUUGUUUCUGGAAGGCUUUGCUCAGAUCCAGUUGGUAUGAUCCCCGUAUAAUCUUUCGGUUUGGUCUUGUUGGAGGUGCGCAUUGGUAGUAGCCGAUAAUUGCCGUGUGUGUACGGGGUCCCGCAGUGCGGUCCUCUCCUAGUCGUAUUUCCUAGCGUCCGGACGAUGGUUAAAGCGUCGUAAGGGUGGGGUGUGGCAGAGAGACGGGAAGCGCGAGGGACUUCGGAGAUGAUUGCGUGUCUUGGCAGCACAGCCGCGUCCCAUCUGGGUCGUGCCGCUGCUCCGGACCUGCACGCAGGAGUGUGCGAAGGUUGGUGAACAUGCUUCGGAGUGCUUUUGUGUGGUUGCGCGGUGCGCUUGGUACAAUGCCGAGCAUGAGACCAGUGAUUCCCCACUGUAACGUGCCGUGCCAUCAUCAACUCGCGUCACUUACAUGAGUAAUGACGAGACUUCAACUGUCCUCAUCAGGGUGGGCUAUAGCGCGUUUGCAGAGCUUUUUAGUACCGGGCGGAGCGAGAAGUGCCUUCGCACGUCCAUGGACAACUGACUUUCGCGGGGCCGGGCUGAAAGCCUGAACGGCGCUAGCAGGGCGUGGGGCUGAGGGUGCACGUGUCGAUUGGCGGCGAGUGACGUGACUAGUUUGUUAGCUGCGGGUUAGCACGGACUGUGCACCCCACCCAACCGGCCACGUCCGGAUUUGCGGGGAUGCCAAAGGCCCCCAACAUAGAGGCGUGUGCUUAGUAGGCGCCCGCGUCAAGGUGGCUGGGUUGAUAACGACCCGGGAGGGGAGGGCUCAGCCCUUUUCCUGCGUCCCUCAGGCAGCCACCUCCUUGUUAGUACCGGGGUAUGCCUGUGCCGGCGUAUGCUGUACCGCUACACGCUGGACUGGACAGUAGCGCGCUUACAGCCACAGCAGCGGCAACGAAAGCAGUUCUCAUCAUGGCGUCAUGCCGUCUGCACUCCUUCAAUCGUGGGUUCAGGGGCUGAGACGGCUUCUCCCGGGGCGUCUUGGCCGCAUACCCCAUUUUCCGCUUGGACUAGACAGCGGGACGCGGCUAAACACAUGACGGGCAGUGCCUAUACCAUC